AUGACAAACUGCAUUUCCAGGAAGAUUACUCUGACCAGCAUUAGUGAUUUCCAUGAAACGUAUCACUUUUUCAAUCGAGUUAGCUGGAAGCUCCUGUCCUCAGAAGAACCAGAGGCCCCAAAAGAAGAGCUCCAGCAGGGGCUCAACGAGCAAAGGUCCCAUAGGGCAGCCUCGAUGUCAGGCCCUGGAUGGCUCAUCUCCACAGAGGAGAACACGCAGGCAGCACAGGCCAUGGGGCCCCUCUCAGCCCCUCCCUGCACACUGCACAUCACCUGGAAGGAGCUCCUGCUCACAGCAUCACUUUUAAUCUUCUGGAACCCGCCCACCACUGCGCAAGUCACGAUUGAAGCUCAGCCAACCAAAGUUUCUGAGGGGAAGGAUAUUCUUCUACUUGUCCACAAUGUGCCCCAGAAUGUUGCUGGCUACAUCUGGUACAAAGGGCAAAUAAUGGACCUCCAGCAUUACAUUACAGCAUAUGCAAUAGACACUGAAACAAUUAUAUUUGGGCCUGUAUACAGUGGACGAGAAACAAUAUAUUCCAAUGCAUCCCUGCUGAUCCAGAGUGUCAACCAGAAGGAUGCAGGAUCCUACACCGUAGAAAUCGUAAAGCGAGGUGAAGGGACUGAAGGAGUAACUGGACAUUUCACCUUAUACCUGGAGACUCCCAAGCCCUACAUCUCCAGCAGCAACUUAAACCCCAGGGAGGGCACGGAGACUGUGAUCUUAUCCUGUGAUCCUGACACUCAGGACGUAAGCUACUUGUGGUGGAUAAAUGGACAGAGCCUCCCUAUCAGUCGCAAGUUGCAGCUGUCCGAAAACAACAGGACCCUCGUUCUAUCUGGUGUCAGAAAGGAUACUGCAGGACCCUAUGAAUGUGAAAUGAAGAACCCAGUGAGUUCCAGCCGCAGUGACCCAGUCACCUUGAAUCUCCUCUAUGGUCCACAAGUCCCCAGGAUUUUCUCUCCAUUAACCUAUUACCGUUCAGGAAAAACCCUCCAGUUGACCUGCUUCGCGGACUCUAACCCACCGGCAGAGUAUUCUUGGACGAUUGAUGGGAAGUUUCUGCAAUCAGGACAAGAGCUCUCUAUCCCCCAAAUUACUACAGAGCAUAGCGGGCUCUAUGGUUGCUCUGCUCGUAACUCAGCCACUGGCAGGGAACGUUCCAAAUUCAAGAGGAUCAAAGUCUUUGGUAAGUGGAUCCCUGCAUCAUUGUCAACAGGGUUUUAGGUGGAGUCUAUCUGGCUUUCAGAGAAGAGUCAGGAAAACAUUUUUAUUCCCAGCCUGUGUCCCAUGGGCAGAAGCAAAUCCUAAAUUCUCCUCCUGAACCCUCCCAAUUUGUCUCUACAGACUCUCUUCUCCUUGUUUUUCUGUUUUCUCAUGGUUGACCUUGUGUCCAGCCUGAGAAAGGUAGGGAGGGGGCUUUGUCAGUCCUGAGCCCUAUGUGGUGGAAGAGGCUUCACAGAGGGACAAGAAGGAGAGUCCUCAAGAUCAAG